AUGUCAAACGACUUGGCCGGCCAGGCGGGCUGGGAAGCCAACCCGCUGGCCUUCGUUUAUCGGCAGGCCGUCAUCACCCCUGCCGAGAUCCCGAUAGAGUUCGACUUGACCGACUGCACACUUAUCAUGACCGGUGCCAGCAGCGGCCUCGGCUUGGAGGCGAGCCGUCAAUUUCUGGAGCGACAACUCGGCACGCUCAUCAUGGGAGUCCGGAACAUGCCAAAAGGCGACGCAUUAGCCGAGGGCCUACGGAGGGAGUUCCCAAUGGCCCAAAUCCAGGUGUGGCAUCUUGAGAUGGAGUCGUACGAGAGCGUCCGGGCCUUCGCAACGCGCUGUCAAAAGGAGCUGACUCGUAUCGAUUUCGUGAUUCUGAACGCGGCCGUCGUCGCACAGUCCUUCGCUCGCUCCCGAGAGGGCCAUGAGAUGAUGCUCCAGGUCAACUAUCUCUCUACAGCACUGCAAGCUCUUCUCUUGCUUCCAAUUCUAAAGGAUAAGAGGCCGCCGGGUGAGCCGUCACGGCUGGUUAUUGUGAGCUCCGACACUGCUUACUGGCACACGCCGGAAGAAGACAUGGUUACCGGCUCCAUGUUCAAGCCUGCCGACAAGGAGAAGCUAUGGGGGUCGGCCAAGAAUUACCAGCUAUCGAAGUUCCUUGGUCAGCUGUUUGUGGCGAAGUUGGCGACCUACGUUGACCCAGAGCAUGUUAUUGUGAAUAUGUCAAACUCGGGACUCACCUCCGGUACAAACAUUGUAAAACCGGCGAGCGAGCCCUUCUUCAUGGGCAUGCUCAAGAAGACACUAGGCCGAAGCCUUGAAGUCGGCGCGCGCAGCUAUCUCGACGCUGCGUUGGUGAAGGGACCGGACAGCCACGGGAGCUUCACCUCGGAUGGAGUCAUCAAGCCGAUGGCCUGCGGUCAUGUACACGUCGGAGGGCACUGGCCUGAGGGAGCGCAUAUGGACUGA